GUCGUUUCGCCAGCAGUCGAGUCAGUUUAGCGUCGCGACGCAUCCUGAUGGACGGAUGGAAUGAUUGUUGUGGAACAUUAACGAGCAGUUUAGGGUGAAGUUUUAAAUUUCCUGAAAGUUGUCUAAAUAUUAUUUGAGCAGGGCCAUACAGCAAUGUUGGUGCUUUGCACCACAGCGUGCGUCCACAUGGUAGACAUGACUGUGGCAACGCAUCCUGGUAACUCAGCUACUACACCACUCGUCAGAGCGGAACGAAAUGGUCAGACUCAAAUAGAUAUGUCAACAGCACGAACAGUCGAACAUGGAAGUCAAUCUGUUACCGCGAUCUUUGGUCAAGAUACACAACAAAAAAUACAGGAACGUCCGCCCGGAGCCUCUCGCGCCAUGAUGACAUCCAUGCGCGGGCAGCUGAGACAGGCGGUGACGUCAUUGCGGGCGGCCGUGCGAUUCCGGCGUUGUUCAAAGGGCGGCGGUCGAGCGCUGCCCACCGAUUGGUUCGUGGACCACAGCCAUCAGGAGGAUGCUCAAGGAGGGCAGCGGCCGCCCGUUACGUGCUGGGGAAUGACGGUUGUUGUGGAUCCGGCCCAACCUGGGUACUACGCGUGGCUAAUGGUAGUAUCGUUGGCAGUCCUGUACAACGUCAUCUUCGUAGUUGGCAGGGCUGUGUUCUGGGAGUUGAACGAUUGGAGCCUCGUUGGACCCAUGUGGUGGACACUGGACUACGUUUGCGACUUUAUAUACGUAGCCGAUGCAUUGAUACAUGCUCAUGAAGGCUACCUGGAACAAGGACUUCUAGUGACUGACCCACGUAAACUGCGUAAGCAUUACUACGAAUCUAAAUCCUGGAAAUCUGAUAUAAUGUCAGUACUACCAACCGACCUGACCUACUUUUGGUGGUCACCACUAGAGUGCGUGGAGAAGGUACCCUGCCCAGUAAUAGUACGGCUAAAUAGACUUUUUAAGUUGCCGAGACUUUGGUUGUGGUUUGAGAGGACGGAAACUGACACCAGUUACCCCAAUGUGUUUAGAAUUUGCAAAGUGCUACUGGCUAUCCUCGUACUGAUCCACUGGAACGCGUGUUUGUACUUCGCUAUAAGCUAUGCAAUAGGAUUUGGCACGGACGACUGGGUUUACAACUUUCAGAACUCUACAUUGGCCAGACAGUAUAUCUAUAGUUUCUAUUGGUCCACUCUGACGUUAACUACUAUUGGAGAAACGCCUGUUCCAGAAAAUAACAUCGAGUAUCUCUUCGUAGUUGCCGAUUUUUUGGCGGGAGUGUUGAUCUUUGCUACUAUAGUCGGCAACAUUGGAUCGAUGAUAUCGAACAUGAACCUGGCAAGGGUGGACUUCCAGAACCGAAUGGAUGGUGUGAAGCAAUAUAUGGCAUUUCGAAAAGUGGGAAGGGAACUAGAAGGUAGGGUCAUUCGAUGGUUCGCGUACACUUGGGCUGAAAGUGGAGCUUUAGAUGAAGAAAGGGUACUGUCUGCACUGCCUGAUAAACUGAAGGCAGAAAUAGCCAUACGAGUUCAUUUGGAUACACUUAAAAGAGUUCGUAUAUUUCAAGAUUGUGAGCCAGGCUUACUUGAAGCUCUAGUUUUGAAGCUGCGUCUUCAGGUAUUUUCACCUGGCGAUUAUAUUUGUAGAAAAGGAGAUGUUGGGAAGGAAAUGUAUAUAGUGAAACGGGGGAAAUUGCAAGUAAGUUUACUCUGUUUCAGCAAGAAUCUGUAGUAACGUGUACCGUUAACUUAUAAAAAUAAUUGAUAAUUUUACAAUUUUGUUGCCUAGAAAUUUUGAUAUGAGAUUUGUGAUGUUCUAGGUAGUUUCUGAUGACGGAUAUACAAUACUAGCAACAUUAGGUGCAGGUUCUGUUUUUGGAGAAGUAAGCGUCCUAGACAUAGCCGGUAACCGUACAGGAAAUAGAAGAACGGCGAAUGUCAGAUCGCUAGGAUAUUCCGAUCUGUUCUGUUUGGCAAAGGACGAUCUUUUAAUUGCUUUAGCUGAUUAUCCGGAGGCAAAAGCUACAUUAAUAGAACGUGGUUGUCAACUUCUUCGUAAAGAUGGACUUUUGGACGAAGAUCAAUUCCAAAAGGCUCGUGAGUCACAAGAUUCAAUGUUUGAUAGCUUGAAGAGACUGGAAGAGGCAGUGGAAGCUCUUCAAACUCGACUAGCCAGAUUGGUGGCAGAAUUUGCUGCAAGUCACGCCAAGCUGAAGCAAAGGCUUACUCGAAUGGAGAUCAGGGAGAAGGAGAUAAAGUCCAAUGAUCAGAAAAAUUCGCCCUUAAGAAGACCAAGAUCACUAGAAUCUAAAAAAAUGACAGCUAGUGAAGACAUUAGACAUAAAACUAUGUAAACAUUAGAAUGUUAGUUUUAUACUUAACUGUUAAUUUUAUUAUUUUUUAAGAUAUACAAUGUAUGUGAACAUAAAUUACCAUAAAUAUAUC